GAUUACCCAAAAUCGUAAAGCGGAUUGGAGCCGAGCCGUGAUGAUUCAGUGGGCACUUGAGCGGAGCGGGCUGCAGUCAGAGUCGGCCGCACCAUGCGCGCCCACGGACGCAUCACCGGCCGCGCGGCGCCGCGACUCCUGUGUCUAUUCGCGCUGUUCACCGCCACCGCCACCACCGACUAUGGCGUGCCCAUCGAGAUACAGCUGUGGGACACCGGGAGGACACCCCUCGCGCACAUGGUGGACGUCACCAACGAGUUUGGUUUAAAAGUUUUAGCGGAACAUAACUUUUUGAAUGAAAAUAACAUUGCGUUUUCGCCGUACGGUCUGACGGGGAUCCUGGUGGCCCUCUACGAGGGGGUGGACGGGGAGUGCUCCUUCCAGAUCCAGCGGGGCAUGCAGCUGCCGUGGAACAGGAACGUCAUGCGGAUAGGGUUCAGGGAUAUACACAGAACAUUAAAAACUUAUUUCGUGCCGGAAGAAGGAUUUUUGGCGGGCCUAGCAUUAAACAAUGAAAACGUUACAUUUAACGACAGCUAUAAGAAAAUAUUGCGGUUUUACGGUUUCGAUUUAGAAAAACCAGGAAGCUCAACAGUGCCACCACAGACAAAUAAUACUGCUGCCACUGAGAUGCCUGCUACAGCUGGAGCCACGCCCACAUCAGCUGGGACCACGCCCACUCAGGAGACCACCACGCCAGCUCCCGCUCCAGAACAACCGACACGAGAAGAAACUACCCCCAAUCCUAAUGCAGAAACAAUAAGCGAUGUAGAUGUCCGGAUACCCACAACUACCGCCGCGCCAUCUUCCGCAGUGAAUGCCGAGUUCGGCCCAGUCACAGACACGACCACCACAGCCCCCAUCACCGCCACGGAACAAGCCGCCACCGCCGAGCUGGUCACUGAAACAAUGCCUCCCGCUCCGCCAACUAUGACAGAAGCGGCCAGAACCGAAACAGAUGCUACUACUACAGAAUCCAUGACAAUGACAAUGGCAAUGGAAACAGCCAUGCUAUCCACUAACUCAGAAACUACAACAGUGACAUCAAUGGCCACUGAACAAGAAACAACGUUGGCCUCAACUCCAAUAACUACGACGACAUCUGGAACAACCGUACAAGACUUGCCUACUACUACUUCUGCCCAAGAAUUGGUAGAAGCUACUGAUGCAUCAAAUGUAGACGCUGAACCUUUAUUGAUGAUGCCUGAAAGCACUACUGCUGGUGGCCCAAUGGAAUCCUCAGAUGUAACAGAAGCUACAACUGAUACAGAAACAAUACCAACGACAACGGAAAAAACCGUUACAAACCCCAUUGAUUCAAAACUUGAAACAUUGGAGCGCAGGAAAAAGUCGAUUGUCGACUUUAUACUGACAAACCCACCUUACGUGGACGAUUACUUGAUUUACAGAUCUUACGACAUACCUCCUGAAGGGCCUACCUUGUCCUUUGACGGAAGUGACCAGAUGUUUUUAGCUAAUGGAUUGAAGAAAAUUCAGGUAUCCUACAUGCACUACGACACGAUCCUAGAGCACGCUUACCUGCCGCACCUGGACGCGGCGGCGCUGCGGCUGCCUCUGGACAGCGACCGCUACUACCUCCUGGUGGUGCUGCCCACGCAGCGCGGGCCGGAGGCGCUGGGCCGGCUGGUGGCGCGCAUGGCUCGCGAGUCCGACCUGCGCGACGUGCAUGCCGCCAUGACUCCGAGACGUGUCCGCGCAGUCGUGCCCAGCUUCACCGUCAAAGGACAUGUCACGCUCACCACGGAUUUACAAAAGCUGGGCAUCCGCGACGUAUUCGAGCCGCGGCAGCGAGACUUCACGCCGAUGACGUCACAGGGCCACGUGUACGUGCGCAGCGUGGAGCAGGCGGUCUCCGUGGCCAUCCGCAAGUACCGCCACGACGACCAGAAGAGGAACCGAUACGUGGCCAACCGGCACCCGGUCCAGUUUUCCGCGACAUAUCCCUUCGUGUACUUUGUGAUGGACGCCAGCAUUCACGUCUGUCUGAUGGCUGGGAAGAUGGUCGACCCUCUCAAUUCUAGAAUAUUAUAGGCUGUAUUAAAUUAACUAGUUUAUAACGAUUUUUUAAGUAAAUCUUA